AUGCGGUCAUUCGUUCCUCUCGCUGCUGCUGUGCUGCUCUCCACGGCGUCCGCUGCACCUGGCUGGGCCGACUGGAUCAAUCCAGGCAAAUGCUUGAACCCCCGUUCUGCUCAAUACCUUGUCGAUGGCUUCGGUAGCCUCCUCUCCAACUACAACGCUGCUACGGCAGAUAAGAUUUUGGCAGACGACCUCGUUGACUGGUCUGACAGCAUCAACGAGCUCGCUGGCGUACCUCUGGGUGUGCCCACGUUCCCCAGCAAGGCUGCUUUCGAAGCCGGCCAGGGCUCUCAGCCACCGAUCCCUUUCAACCUCAUGGCGAUUGACGCCGUCACUUGUGACACAAUUGCUCUUCGAUGGAAUACCACCCUCCCACCAAACACAGUCAAGGGCAUCACAAUCCUCAAGGCCGAAAACUCUCAGGGCCAACCAGAUACCUGGCAGAUCAAGACCAUCUUCACGGAAUUCAACAGCAUCGCCUGGCUAGAAGAUAUUGGAGGUAACUGCAGCGCUCCCCAGCACUAA